AUGGCAUCCACCAAAGCAUCCCUCUCAAUAACCCACAUCGGCACCGCAACCUCCAUCAUCGACAUCGACGGUGUCAAACUCCUCACAGAUCCCUUCUUCUCCCCAGCCGGAACAGAAUGGGACGUCGGCGCUACCAUACUAAAAAAUACCGAUACCCCAGCCUUAAGUCUUGAGACCCUCCCACCCAUCGACGCAAUCCUACUCAGCCAUGAAGAUCAUCCUGACAACUUAGAUGAGCUUGGUCGUCGUCUUCUCGAUGGCCGUCACGUACUCACCACUAUCGACGGUGCCAGGAAGCUUGCACCUAGACCUGGUGUCCGUGGCCUCAAGCCCUGGGAGACAGUGGCCCUGGUCGCCGGCGGGAAGACAUUCCGCGUAACCGGUACACCAUGCCAGCAUCUCCCCGGCGGCGAAUGCACAGGCUUCAUUGUUGAGUACGACGGCUUCGGCACAAGUUCAGACGGACGACCAAACGCAAUCUACAUCUCCGGCGACACCGUCUAUGUCGAAGAACUUGCCCGCACCAUCCCGCCAAAAUGGAACAUCACAGUCGCCAUUCUGAACUUUGGGAAAGCUCAAGUCCCAACGUCAGAUGGAGGUUCGCUUCAGAUUACGAUGGAUGGGAAGCAGGGUGCUCGACUAUUUCGGGAGCUUGGGGCAGAUGUUCUUGUACCGAUGCACUUUGAGUCUUGGGGUCAUUUCACGCAGUUUGGGGAUGAGCUCAGACGGGAUUUCGAGGAGGAGGGUGUUGGAAAACAGGUUUACUGGUUGACUCCUGGGCAGCCAAAGAAGCUUCUAUAA